CUAUCAUGAAAAGUCACAAAAUUAAUGCAAGUUCGAAAUUGCUGAAUUAUUUUUUUCUAAUAAAGCAAAAUUCAAGCUUAUUUGGCUUGUAAUUAGUUGAAACUUUUUACGAGCUAUAACGUAUUAAAUAAUUAGUGUGAUAUACGUAGAAAUAAGAAGUCGAUUAAUUAAAAAUGGUGUGUGUGCCUUGUUUCAUCAUUCCACUGCUAUUGUUUUUAUGGCACAAAUUCAUUCAGCCUUACGUACUACGCUUCUGGAACCCCUGGGCCGUGAAAGACGCUGAUGGCAACGAGAAGACCGAAUUUCCUUUUAAAUGCGAAGGUGGCGUCUGCGCCUUUAGUAGAAAACCUGCUGAAAACAAAACUGAUGUGCAAAAGGAUACUGAAUUAACUUCUAAAACUGUUCAGAAAGAUUCUCUUGAACUUAAACAAGAUGUACGACUCAAAUCCGAAUAACAUCAACCAUCAAGUUUUUAAUUCUAAAAGUUAUUAUAUAAAAAAGAAAUUGCAC